CUUUAUUUCCUGGUUUGUUUGCUAAGAAAGUUAACAUCCUGAUUAUAAACUUAAAUAAUAUACAAGUUCCUGCUUAUUUUGUUAAAUUCAAUAAAUACAUUUAAUAAUUGCUAGUGGAAAUUACUUUUAGACUCUCAAGAUAUAUUAAUAACUAAAAUGAAAAAAGGAUGGAACAUCAGCAUUUAUUUAUGGUUUUAACUACAUAUAUAUGAUACAAAGGAAAUGUCUAAUUUAGCACUUGAUCAUAGAAAUGUGAGAAGAAUUAAAAUUCCUUCGAUAACUCCUCCAGCUGGAAGGAAAAAUUUUGGUGCAUCUCCAGAUGACGGUAGAUCUAAACUCGGUUUCAGUCCUACUGGAAUUUGGCAGAAUUUUGUCCUUCCUUUGCCAUUUCGUAGAAGAUCAAAGUCUAAGGAUUCUCCAUCUCGUCAACGGAAUGAAGGUAAUAUGCGUCCCAGAGAAUUAAUUGAAUUAUCAAGUUUUGGAGUUGUGGAAUUAGAACCAAUUGAACAUGGAAUUGGUCAUCAUUUCCAACCAGCCCAAUUGAGAAAUCCAACAUGGUGUGACAGAUGUGGAGAUUUUGUUUGGGGAUUAUAUAGAUCAGAGCAAUGCUUUCGAUGCAUUAACUGCUAUUAUACAUGUCAUCGUCAAUGCCUUGAACUUGUUACUUUGGACUGCAAAGGUAUUGGAGAUAUUCAAACGACAGAUGUUGAUGAAAUUCUAGCACCACCAACAAAUUCUGUGACAAAAGAUAAAGAAGACAAGUCUGAUAUAACAUCAUUAUUUGCUGAUUGUUUUGAAGAAGAAGAAUUAAGACAACGAAUAAAUAAAUAUAAUGAUCAUGUUCAGAAUUUGGAAAUGACGAUGCAAGAAAAUGGGAAAGUUUUUAAUGGUUUUAUUCGUGUAUGUUUAAAUUUGACACGACCUAUUAAUGUAAUUGCUGGUACACGUCCACCGUCAAUUUAUGAUAUCUUGAAAGAGGAGGAGGAAAGUGGAAGAAAGACAUUAACAUCUUUUUAUUUACCAAGAGAUACAGUUAAAGCUUUACACAUUACCAGUGAAUAUACUACUAGAGAAGUUAUAUGUGCUCUUCUUAAGAAAUUCAAAGUUGCUGACAAUCCUCAUAAAUUUGCCUUAUAUGAACAAUAUAAUGAUACAGAAACAAAAAAAGGUAAAAUGAGAAGAAUUCAUGAUCAUGAAAAACCAUUAGUGUUAGCUCUAAUGUGGUGUGGUGAAAGCAAACAAUUUGUUCUUCAAGAAAAUGAAACAGAAGAUAUUGUUUGGGAGGCAUUUGCAUUGGCAGAAUUGAGCAACUUUUUGAAAAUCUUGGAUAGAGAAGAAGAAGAAUAUUUGAAUCAAGUACGAAAUAAAUAUCAUAUAUUACAGAAGAAGUUACAGGAAGCAAUAGAAAAGAAGAAGCCUUUACAGUGUUGAUUUGAGUAAUUGGUAGAUUCUUACAAUAUGAUUCCAAUUUAUUGCAGAUAUAAACAUAGCAUUUAUAAAUAGUGCAUCAUUAUUGAAAUGCUCAGUUCUUGAUUAUUACAUGUUUAAUAUUGUAUAGAUUAAAUAUGUAAUAAUCUAAUUUAUUUACAUUAUAUACCUCAAAUUUUU